AGACUUUACUUCUGUGUUCACAACUCCGUGGGUUGCAUUUGAAAGAUGUCUGCAGGCAAACAGGGAGACACUUUGUGCUUCUUUAUCAACGGGAAAAAGGUGACGGAGGACGAUGCGGAUCCUGAGACGAUGCUGCUGUCCUUCCUCAGAGAGAAGCCCACUACUCGGCCAACGCCUGCCUGCUGCCGCUCUGCCAGCUGCAUGGAGCCGCCGUCACCACGGUGGAGGGGAUCGGCAGCACCAAGACCACCACGCACCCGGUCCAGGUCUCACAACUAAUCAGCUCUGGCUCUGUUUAUUUAACAACCUGUCGAUCUGGUCUCUUAUCAAACACACAAGUGAUCUGUUGACACUGCAGGAGCGAAUCGCCAAGGCUCACGGAUCCCAGUGUGGCUUCUGCACUCCGGGGAUGGUGAUGUCUAUGUACGCUCUGCUGAGGAACAAACCUCAGCCAACCAUGGAGGACAUCACACAGGCUCUGGCUGGUAAUCUGUGUCGUUGCACCGGAUAUCGGCCGAUUGUUGAUGGCUGCAGGACCUUCUGUCAGGAAGCCAACUGCUGCCAGGCGAAUGGAGACGCAAACUGUUGCCGCAACGGAGACGGAAACCCUGAAAAACCCGAGGAGGAAAAGCCACGGCUGUUUGAGAAAGAAGAGUUUCUGCCGUUGGACCCGACGCAGGAGCUGAUCUUCCCUCCAGAACUGAUUCUGAUGGCGGAGACAGCGAACCCAGAAACGCUCACCUUCUACGGGGAGAGGACGACCUGGGUGUCCCCCACCUCUCUGGAGGAGCUGGUCCAGCUGAAGGCCAAACACCCCAAAGCUCCACUGGUGAUGGGCAACACCAACAUAGGUCCAGACAUCAAGUUCAAAGGCGUCCUGCAUCCGCUGAUCAUCUCUCCAAGCAGAGUGAAGGAGCUGUUUGAGGUCUCUGAGACACCUCAGGGUGUUUGGGUCGGUGCCGGCUGCAGUCUGUCCGAGGUUCGUUCUCUGCUGGAGAAGCUGGUUCCUCAGUUCCCAGAGGAGAAGACGGAGCUGCUCAGAUCCCUGAACCAGCAGCUGGGGAACCUGGGAAACCAGCAGAUCCGAAAUGUUGCUUCUCUCGGAGGGAACAUUGUGAGCGCUUAUCCCAACUCAGACCUGAACCCUGUUCUUGCUGCCGGCAACUGCAAAGUCAGCGUCAUCUCCAGCGGAGGAAGACGAGAGGUUCCCCUGAAUCAAGACUUCUUCAUGGGCUUUGGAAAAACCAUCCUGAACCCUGAAGAGAUUGUCGUGUCGGUUUUCAUCCCGUUCACCAGAAAGGGGGAGUUUGUUCGAGCUUUCCGCCAGGCGCCGAGGAAGGAGGCGUCCUUCGCCACCGUGUCGACGGGGAUGAGGGUGUUUUUCUCGGAGGGAUCCAGAGUGGUUCAGGAUGUCAGUUUAUACUACGGAGGAAUGGGUCCGACCACCGUUAGCGCCGCCAAAACCUGCACAGCCAUCGUUGCAAAGCCGUGGGAUGAUGAAACCCUCAGCAAAGCUUAUGACAUCAUUCUGGAUGAGCUGGUUCUGCCUCCAUCGGCUCCUGGAGGUAAAGUUGAGUUUCGUCGCUCCUUGACUCUCAGCCUCCUCUUCAAGUUCCACCUGGAGGUCCUGCAGAAGCUUAGAGACACGAAUGUGAUCAAAGACGAGGUGCCGGAGAAGAUUUGGCCGUUACCCAGAGAAAUACAGCCCAGCCUGCAGGAGUUCCAGGCUGUGUCAAAGGACCAGAGCGCCCAGGACCCGGUGGGACGUCCCAUCAUGCAUCGCUCUGCCGUCGGCCACGCCACCGGCGAGGCCGUCUACUGCGACGACAUCCCCAAAACAGACGGGGAGCUUUUCCUGGGACUCGUCACCAGCUCUCGAGCACACGCUAAGAUCACAGCCGUGGAUGUCAGUCAGGCCCUGCAGCUUCCCGGUGUGGUCGACGUCGUCACAGCCCACGAUAUUCCUGGGAUGAAAUUCCGGCCAAUGUCUGGUCAGGAGGAGGAGCUGAUGGCUGAGACCGAGGUUUCUUGCAUCGGUCAGAUAAUUUGUGCAGUCGUCGCUGAUUCCAGGGUUCACGCUAAACGAGGAGUUGCGGCCGUGAAGAUCAGCUACGAAGACCUGCCAGAUCCCAUUUUCACCAUAGAGGAAGCCAUCGAAAAGUCGUCUUAUUAUGAGCCUCGGCGGUUGAUCGAGCGAGGGAACGUGACCGAAGCUUUUGAAAAAGUUGAUCAGAUUUACGAAGGCGAGAUGCGAAUGGGAGGCCAGGAGCAUUUCUACAUGGAGACUCAGAGCAUGCUGGUUGUUCCUGUGGGCGAGGAGAUGGAGUUCGAUGUUUACGUGUCCACUCAGUCGCCCAGUGCUAUUCAGGAGGCAGUAGCAGAGACGUUGGGCAUCUCGUCCAACAGAGUCACUUGUCAUGUUAAAAGAAUCGGCGGCGCUUUCGGAGGGAAAGUCACCAAAACCAGCCACUUGGUUUCUAUCACCUCUGUGGCUGCUUUGAAGACCAAUCGUGCCGUCCGCUGUGUCCUGGAGCGAGGCGAUGACAUGUUGAUCACAGGAGGCCGACAUCCCAUCAUGGCAAGAUACAAGGUGGGCUUCAUGAAUGACGGCAGGAUUGUGGCUGCAGAUAUGGAGUACUUCACCAACGCUGGCAACACUAUAGACGAAUCUGUUUUGGUCGUCGAGAAGAUGCUGGUUCACAUGGACAACGUUUACAACAUCCCCAACCUGCGAGGACGUGGUGCCGCCUGCAGGACCAACCUGCCCUCCAACACCGCCUUCAGAGGCUUCGGCGUGCCUCAGGGCCUCUUGAUGGUGGAGAACAUGGUCAAUGACGUGGCAGCGGUGCUGGGACGCCCCGCGGACGAGAUCCAUGAGAUCAACAUGUACAGGGGCCCGUCAGUCACCCACUACAAGCUGGAGUUCAGCCCCGAGAACUUUCUGCGCUGCUGGGACGAGUGUAAGCUCAAGUGUGACUACAGCGCCAGACGUAAAGCCGUCGACCAGUUCAACCAGCAGAGUCGUUGGAAGAAGAGAGGGAUGUCCAUCAUUCCCAUCAAAUACGGCGUCGCCUUCGCAGAGAGCUUCCUCAAUCAGGCUGCAGCUCUGGUCCACAUCUACAAAGACGGUUCUGUUCUGGUCACUCAUGGAGGGACGGAGAUGGGUCAGGGAAUCCACACUAAGAUGCAGCAGGUUGCCAGUCGUGAGCUUCACAUCCCGACCUGGAAGAUCUACAUCAGUGAAACCAGCACCAACACCGUCCCCAACACCUGCCCGUCUGCUGCUUCCUUUGGCACUGACGCCAACGGCAUGGCGGUCAAGAAUGCCUGUGAGAUUCUGUACCAGCGGCUGGAACCUGUGAGGAAGAAGAACCCCAAUGGAACCUGGGAGAGUUGGGUGGCCGCAGCAUUCUUUGGGAAGAUCAGUUUGUCAGCCACUGGAUAUUUCAGAGGUGAGGACCUUUACAUGGACUGGGAGAAGAUGGAGGGUCGACCCGGCGCCUACUUCACGUUCGGAGUCUCUUGCAGCGAGGUGGAGCUGGACUGCCUCACUGGAGACUACCGGACGUUGAGGACGGACAUCAUGGUGGACAUUGGCAGGAGCGUGAACCCGUCUGUGGACAUCGGACAGAUUGAAGGAGCGUUCAUGCAGGGUUUGGGUCUCUACACUCUGGAGGAGUUGAAGUUUUCCCCUUCUGGGCUUCUGUACACUCGAGGUCCGUCUCAGUACAAGAUCCCUGCGGUCUGCGACGUUCCGCUUCGAUUCAACGUUUACCUGCUGCCGGACAGCGACAACCCUCACGCCAUCUACUCCUCCAAGGGUAUCGGAGAACCCGUCGUCUUCUUGGGCAGUUCGGUGUUCUUUGCCAUCAAAGACGCCGUGGCUGCAGCUCGCUCCGACUCCGGUCUGGUCGGUCCGUUUACUUUCAGCAGUCCUGCGACACCGGAGAGAGCCUGUCUGGCCUGCAACUCCCAGUUCACGCAGAAGAUUCCGACCAGCAAACCGGGAUCUUUCAAACCGUGGGCCUUAAACAUCUGAAACUGAAGUCAAACUAUAACCACGAUUAAUCAAAAGUUAUCUUACCAAUACUCACACUACUAGUAUAAACCUUCUUUACCUGCAAAUGAUCGACAAACAUGAAACUUACGACUGAAAUCACGGUGCUUAUUGAUCGUCAAUGAUAUAAAAUGUGAAAUUAAUGCACUACGACCACUUGAUUUUACAGCUUUUUUUUGUAGCGUCACUGUUUCUGCAGCAACUAAACAAAUAUAUAAACAGAUCAAAUAAAUGCAGUGUUUCAUCUCAGUUUAUUUAAUGACAGAUACAGAUUCACAGCAGAAGCUAAAGUCAUGAAAACAGCAGGAAUGUUUGCUAAACUAACGCAGAUUUGUCUUCUUGUGGACUGAGGCUGAUCAAACGUCGAUGCGCCACACGGCUGCAGAGUCACCUGUUGGAGAGGAAACCUGCAGGAAGAGAAGAAGAAGAAGAAAAUAUAACCCAGCCUUCAAGGUGUUUGACAUGAGGUUAGAAAAGGCAAAUAAGGAGACGGUUCUGGGUGAAACUUGCAUCAUUAUUGGUGUGUUGUUUGAAGUUAAAAAUGGAUGAACUCAGUGAAAAGUUGCAGAAAAAAAUUACAAUUUAUUCUCUAAAUUAACUGAUAAAUCUAUAAAUUGUUGAAAAAUAGUGUAAAAAUUACAUUUUUUUUAGUUUACAAUGGUCUUAAAGAUUAAGCCGCUCUUGUUAAUGUCACAUUUCCAUGUUUAAGAAACUGAAAUCUGACAAUAUUUGACAUUUAUACCUUUAUAUUCCUUUUCCAAAACUUUGAAUAUCCUGACAAUUUAUUUUUUUUUUUUUUUUGGUAAUUUAAUUCUGAAACAUAAACUUUCAAAUAUUACGUAAUUAUUAACAAGUGGAAUUAUUUACAUGAAA